CAUUACCGCCCCUUUCCCCUUAUCCCCCACCACGCCCCCAAGCAGGCUUUUCUCCCCCCAGCCUCCCGUCUCCCUGCCCUUAGUACCGCCGCGCUCUGCCCGUGCGUCACCCUUGCCCACUUCAUACCACCUCCCCCCUUCUCCCCCCCCCCCCGGCUUCUCCCUAUCAUCACCCGCAUGUUCCCCCACUCCCCUGUCCACAACGUCCCUCCUCCACCCCCCCUCCUGCCUUCCCCACUCCCACUCUGCCCCCCACACCUCUACGAGCCGUACUUCCCCCUCCAGCCUCCCUUUCCCCCCCAGCUACUUCCGCAUCCAGCGUGGGCUGCACCUCUGCAUCCCGCCCUGCCAGGCCCUUCGGUGACCCAACUGCCGCCACCUGGCACCACGCCGCCUUUCCCACCCCCAUCCAAUCUCUACACCCCCUGCCCCUGCUCCCUGCGCAAUCCAGCCACCUACCCCAGCCUCCCUCUACCUCUCCCUAACUCCACACCGCCGUUCCUACCCCCAGCCAAGGUCUACACCCCUUGCUUUUGCUCCCUGGGCUGUGCCGUCCCCAACCUCCCUCCGCCUUUCCGCGGCACCAGACCGCCUCUCCCUCCCCCAGCCAACUUUUGCACCCCCUGUUCCUGCCCCUUGUGCCCUCCAACACCCUACCCCAACCCCCCCCAGUCUCCCCCUUCUCCAACACCCUCCAUAUUUCCUCCCCCCUGGGGCUCGCCCAUCCGCACGCCUCCUUUCGGUGCCCUCUCUGCCCUCCCACGUUCUCACCCCCCGCCUCCCAACCUUCUCAUUACCCGCUACCAGGCUCACGCCAACUCGACUACCCACUACCCUUUGCCCCUUCCUCUCUGUUCCCCACCCUUCCUUUCCCACUUGGCUCCACCUGCCCACCCCCACCUCCCGUGGAAUUCUGCCCUGCCCUCCCCACCUCUGGCCCACCACCUGUCCCCACACCCUGCUCACCCACCGCUACAUCACCCCCGCCCCCCCCACCUCCACUACAGCCCGCCAACACUUCCCCUCUCAACCGGCCCCCAGCCCGCCCCCCCCUUGGGCCCCAAUCCCCUCCAACUGUCAGGCCCCCUCUACCCUCUCUUCCACCCACUGCGCACCGCUUUCCCCACCCUUUUCCCCUUUCCCCAAGCUAACCCCCCGCACCCCGGCCUCUGCCAGGGAGUUCCUUCCCCCUUUGACGCCCUCUUGAGCCAACUCCAGCAACUCACACCGCCACCGCCAGGCAUGCUGCCUCUAGCCAGGGGGGAACUUGCAGCUGACACUGCACGGGAAGGGGUAAGUGAGUUUGUGUGUGAAGGAGCAGCAGAGGCUGCAGAGGAUGGGGCAGCAAAGGCUGCACGGGAAGGGGCAAUGGGGGUUGUGGGGGAAGGGGCAGCAGAGGCUGCAGAGGAAAGGGCAGCAGAGGCUGCAAGGGAAGGGGCAGCAGCGGCUGCACGGGAAAGGGCGGCAGGGGCUGCACGGGAAGGGGCGGCAGGGACCGUGACUCUGGCCAGGCAAAGGGCAGAGGCCAUGGAGACAGGUUUUGCAGGAGUAGGGGCCACGGAACCUGCUGCUGUGUCGGCUGGGGGAACCGCAGCAGAGGAGGCUAUAGGGACCGCACCAGUCGAGGCUGCAAGGACUGCAGCAGGAGCGACAGAGGCCACAGUGGGGGCUGGUAUAGGGGGAGGUGCUACGGGUGCAGCGGGGAAGGGGGUAACGGGGACUGGUGCGAGGGAGAGUGCCGCCCCGGCUGUAGCAAGAGAGGGUACGGCAGGGGCUAGAGUGGGAGAGGGGACAGCAGUGGCCUCAAAGGCAGAAGGUGAGGCUGCAGCUGAAGCAGCAGGGAGGGCCAUAGCACGGCCAGUAGGGGCGGCAGGGGCCGCAGCAAACACGGGGAAACACACAGCAGGGCCGGCAGAGACUGCAAAAGGGGCUAGCAGUAAAGCGGCAGCAGGCGGGGUGGGCUCGGGGGACAUAGGGGCAACAGGGGAAGGAGAGGGGAGUGUGGUCCCGACCGGGGUGGGCACUGAAGAGGGGGAUGUGAUAGCGAUAGAGGAGGAUGAGGGAGAGGAUGUGAUGCACAUUGACGGGCCACUGGCCCAAUACCUCACGCUUGACGGUGAGGCCGACCCGGCCCAGGGCGCCGCGCCUCCAGGUUCGGCCUUGGGGGCGGGGCAGGGGCGGGAGCAGCAGAGAGCGGACGGAGGUACAGGAGGGGCAGCGGGAUUGGGAGGGGAGGGCCAGGGAGUGAGAGAGGCAGCAGGGGAUGGAGCAGGGGGGUCGGGAGGUUUGGGGGAGGGUAGAGAGGGGGAGGGGAGAGGACAGGUGGAUGGAGGAGAGGAGAGGGGCAGAGAGACGAUCGGAGAGGGGGCACCAAGGGACCAGACAGGGCAGCAGCCAGCGCAACAGCAGGGACCAGUCGGACGCACAGGCCGUGUAGGCACCGCCUCCCGCAUUCCAGACCCCACCUGCCGCGACGUUGGCCAGGGUCUGAUGGUUCUUGUGGAUGUCUCCAUAGCGGAUCCACAGCGGGAGGGGAACGUGCAGCUGAGACGGGCGACCCCCACACAGAUUGGAGUGGCAGCAGCUAGGCGGGUGCAGGAGAAGCUGCGUCACUGGGGGCCGCACUUAGAGGGGCUGCAGCCGGCACCACACUUUUACGCGUGCGUGGCGGAGACCUUUGGCCUUCUGAGUGAGCCGCUGCGUCAGUUUCUGGGGCUCUGCGCAAAGAGGAUAGCACAGCGGAGGAGGGAUAGAGGUGGGGGGGAUGACGGAUCGGCACGGAUAUUUGAGGCAGGACUCACUACACGCCUCUCCGUUGCACUGCAGCGCGCGCAGGCUCAAUGCAUGAUCCAGCAUGCGGUGCGGCAGUUAGGGAGUCACACCCCCUGCCCCCUCAUGCCAUCCGCUCCCCCCGCCCCUACCCUCCGCGUGCCCGCUCCCUUGCCGCCUCUUUUGACCCUCCCUGCCCCCCUCGCCGUUUCCCACCGCCCGCCAUUCGCUCCUCCCCGCCCGUGCGCUCCCCUCGUUUACCUUCUCCUCCCCCCUCCCCUCCUCUGCUGCACGCCUCUUCCUUCCCCUCGCCGACCCACUCCACUCCCUGCCCCUCCUCAAUCCGCACCCUGCCCCUCGUAUCUCGCCCCCCUAUGCUUGGUUUCUCCCCUCCCUGCCCCUCGCCGCCUUUCUCCGCCCCCCACCUCCCCCCUCUCCCUGCCCCCCCCACUCUCCCACCCCUUGCCCUUGGCUUCCUACCUCCCUGCCCCACCUUUCCCCCCUCUGUGUGCUCAGCUUCUCCCCUCCCUGCCCCUCCCUCCUCCCCGCCCUGCCCCUCGUUUUCCGCCCCCCCCACGCCCGGUUUCUCCCCUCCCCGCGCCUCCCUUUCUUUCUCCGUGCCUCUCCUCUGCUCCCUCCCUGCCCCCGCCUGCCCAUGCCCCUGUCUUUGGCUUCUCCCCUCCCUGCCCCACGUUUCUUCCCUCCCUGCCCACCCCUCUGCCCCUCCCUUGUUUUCCCCUCACCCAUUGCUUCUCUCCCUCCCUGCCCUUGAUUUCCCGCACCCCUGCCCUUGUUUCCUACCAUCCAUGCCCCUCGUUUCCCCCCCUUUGUACGUUCAGCCUCUUCCCUCCCUGCCCCUCCCUUCCUCCCCCCCUGCCCUUUGCUCUCCCCUCGUUACGCUCCCUUCUCCCCAUCCCUGCUGCCCUCUUACCACCAUCAGCCCAUCCCCACCACCAGCCCCCCUCCCACCCUUCUCUCCCCCCCUCCCUUUCCCUCUCUCUCUCUUUCUCACACACACACACGCACACUCCCCUCCCCCACCCCCCCACCCACAUCCUCCCAUUCUGCCCCUCCCUGCCCCUUUCCCACCCCCUCGCACGCCCCUCACCUCCCACCUCCGUGCAACUGGUUUCCCCCCUAUGGUGCCUCCCUUGCAUCGCUCGCCCCUCUGCUCACCCUCUGCCCGCCCCUUUUCCGUGCCCUCAGCUGGCCCAGCCCCUGCCCGUUGCUGCCCCUCCCCUUGCCCCCUCAACUCCCCUGCCCCCCGUACACCCCAGUCCCAUCCAACCGCCCCCACCCUCCCCCGGCUGCCCGUUUCCGCUCUCCACCCCCGCGACCUCACACCCCCUGCCCCCUCAUGCCAUCCGCUCCCCCCGCCCCUACCCUCCGCGUGCCCGCUCCCUUGCCGCCUCUUUUGACCCUCCCUGCCCCCCUCGCCGUUUCCCACCGCCCGCCAUUCGCUCCUCCCCGCCCGUGCGCUCCCCUCGUUUACCUUCUCCUCCCCCCUCCCCUCCUCUGCUGCACGCCUCUUCCUUCCCCUCGCCGACCCACUCCACUCCCUGCCCCUCCUCAAUCCGCACCCUGCCCCUCGUAUCUCGCCCCCCUAUGCUUGGUUUCUCCCCUCCCUGCCCCUCGCCGCCUUUCUCCGCCCCCCACCUCCCCCCUCUCCCUGCCCCCCCCACUCUCCCACCCUUGCCCUUGGCUUCCUACCUCCCUGCCCCACCUUUCCCCCCUCUGUGUGCUCAGCUUCUCCCCUCCCUGCCCCUCCCUCCUCCCCGCCCUGCCCCUCGUUUUCCGCCCCCCCCACGCCCGGUUUCUCCCCUCCCCGCGCCUCCCUUUCUUUCUCCGUGCCUCUCCUCUGCUCCCUCCCUGCCCCCGCCUGCCCAUGCCCCUGUCUUUAGCUUCUCCCCUCCCUGCCCCACGUUUCUUCCCUCCCUGCCCACCCCCUCUGCCCCUCCCUUGUUUUCCCCUCACCCAUUGCUUCUCCCCUCCCUGCCCUUGAUUUCCCGCACCCCUGCCCUUGUUUCCUACCAUCCAUGCCCCUCGUUUCCCCCCCUUUGUACGUUCAGCCUCUUCCCUCCCUGCCCCUCCCUUCCUCCCCCCCUGCCCUUUGCUCUCCCCUCGUUACGCUCCCUUCUCCCCAUCCCUGCUGCCCUCUUACCACCAUCAGCCCAUCCCCACCACCAGCCCCCCUCCCACCCUUCUCUCCCCCCCUCCCUUUCCCUCUCUCUCUUUCUCACACACACACACGCACACUCCCCUCCCCCACCCCCCCACCCACAUCCUCCCAUUCUGCCCCUCUCUGCCCCUUUCCCACCCCCUCGCACGCCCCUCACCUCCCACCUCCGUGCAACUGGUUUCCCCCCUAUGGUGCCUCCCUUGCAUCGCUCGCCCCUCUGCUCACCCUCUGCCCGCCCCUUUUCCGUGCCCUCAGCUGGCCCAGCCCCUGCCCGUUGCUGCCCCUCCCCUUGCCCCCUCAACUCCCCUGCCCCCCGUACACCCCAGUCCCAUCCAACCGCCCCCACCCUCCCCCGGCUGCCCGUUUCCGCUCUCCACCCCCGCGACCGUGCGCGGCUUCCAACCGCCCAACGGUGGUGCGCACGGGGCCAUUACCGCCCCUCUCCCCUUAUCCCCCACCACGCCCCCAAGCAGGCCUUUCUCCCCCCAGCCUCCCGUCUCCCUGCCCUUAGUACCGCCGCGCUCUGCCCGUGCGUCACCCUUGCCCACUUCAUACCACCUCCCCCUUCUCCCCCCCCCCCGGCUUCUCCCUAUCAUCACCCGCAUGUUCCCCCACUCCCCUGUCCACAACGUCCCUCCACCCCCCUUCCUGCUUUCCCCACUCCCACUCUGCCCCCCACACCUCUACGAGCCGUACUUCCCCCUCCAGCCUCCCUUUCCCCCCCCCAGCUACUUCCGCAUCCAGCGUGGGCUGCACCUCUGCAUCCCGCCCUGCCAGGCCCUUCGGUGACCCAACUGCCGCCACCUGGCACCACGCCGCCUUUCCCACCCCCAUCCAAUCUCUACACCCCCUGCCCCUGCUCCCUGCGCAAUCCAGCCACCUACCCCAGCCUCCCUCUACCUCUCCCUAACUCCACACCGCCGUUCCUACCCCCAGCCAAGGUCUACACCCCUUGCUUUUGCUCCCUGGGCUGUGCCGUCCCCAACCUCCCUCCGCCUUUCCGCGGCACCAGACCGCCUCUCCCUCCCCCAGCCAACUUUUGCACCCCCUGUUCCUGCCCCUUGUGCCCUCCAACACCCUACCUCAACCCCCCCCAGUCUCCCCCUUCUCCAACACCCUCCAUAUUUCCUCCCCCCUGGGGCUCGCCCAUCCGCAGCUAUCACCCUUCAUCGAUUCCCCAAUUCCCUCUGUCCCCUGUUUCCCGGCCCCGCAUCCUAUCCUGCAUUUACCACAGCACCUCCUUUCGGUGCCCUCUCUGCCCUCCCACGUUCUCACCCCCCGCCUCCCAACCUUCUCAUUACCCGCUACCAGGCUCACGCCAACUCGACUACCCACUACCCUUUGCCCCUUCCUCUCUGUUCCCCACCCUUCCUUUCCCACCUGGCUCCACCUGCCCACCCCCACCUCCCGUGGAAUUCUGCCCUGCCCUCCCCACCUCUGGCCCACCACCUGUCCCCACACCCUGCUCACCCACCGCUACACCACCCCCGCCCCCCCACCUCCACUACAGCCCGCCAACACUUCCCCUCUCAAUCGGCCCCCAGCCCGCCCCCCCCUUGGGCCCCAAUCCCCUCCAACUGUCAGGCCCCCUCUACCCUCUCUUCCACCCACUGCGCACCGCUUUCCCCACCCUUUUCCCCUUUCCCCAAGCUAACCCCCCGCACCCCGGCCUCUGCCAGGGAGUUCCUUCCCCCUUUGACGCCCUCUUGAGCCAACCCCAGCAACUCACACCGCCACCGCCAGGCAUGCUGCCUCUAGCCAGGGGGGAACUUGCAGCUGACACUGCACGGGAAGGGGUAAGUGAGUUUGUGUGUGAAGGAGCAGCAGAGGCUACAGAGGAUGGGGCAGCAAAGGCUGCACGGGAAGGGGCAAUGGGGGUUGUGGGGGAAGGGGCAGCAGAGGCUGCAGAGGAAAGGGCAGCAGAGGCUGCAAGGGAAGGGGCAGCAGCGGCUGCACGGGAAAGGGCGGCAGGGGCUGCACGGGAAGGGGCGGCAGGGACCGUGACUCUGGCCAGGCAAAGGGCAGAGGCCAUGGAGACAGGUUUUGCAGGAGUAGGGGCCACGGAACCUGCUGCUGUGUCGGCUGGGGGAACCGCAGCAGAGGAGGCUAUAGGGACCGCACCAGUCGAGGCUGCAAGGACUGCAGCAGGAGCGACAGAGGCCACAGCGGGGGCUGGUAUAGGGGGAGGUGCUACGGGUGCAGCGGGGAAGGGGGUAACGGGGACUGGUGCGAGGGAGAGUGCCGCCCCGGCUGUAGCAAGAGAGGGUACGGCAGGGGCCUCAAAGGCAGAAGGUGAGGCUGCAGCUGAAGCAGCAGGGAGGGCCAUAGCACGGCCAGUAGGGGCGGCAGGGGCCGCAGCAAACUCGGGGAAACACACAGCAGGGCCGGCAGGGCCGGCAGAGACUGCAAAAUGGGCUAGCAGUAAAGCGGCAGCAGGCGGGGUGGGCUUGGGGGACAUAGGGGCAACAGGGGAAGGAGAGGGGAGGGUGGUCCCGACCGGGGUGGGCACUGAAGAGGGGGAUGUGAUAGCGAUAGAGGAGGAUGAGGGAGAGGAUGUGAUGCACAUUGACGGGCCACUGGCCCAAUACCUCACGCUUGACGGUGAGGCCGACCCGGCCCCCCUGCAGCCUCACGUCGAGGUUCCCCCUCUACCCCCCAUGCCCGUCCCCAUGCUAGCAGAAGGACCGAUGGAGGGGCUGGGGGAGACCUUGAGGACAGAGCCGCGCGAGGGAGCCCCCAUCCUCACCUCCCGUCCUCCAGCCCACCCGCCCCCAGGAGCACCACUUCCCCACCCCCACCCUCAGGUCCCGGUAGUGUCCAGGGGGGCAGCCAAGGCCCUGGCCUUCUUGGCGGAGCCGUGCUCCCCGACCCCCACGCUGCUCCAUGGCCAGCCCCCCUCUCCGUCCCCAACGCCUGACCCCACGGUUGCAGGCGGUCCACCGGGAGAGCACGCGGGUGCGACAAGAGCAGAGUCACCCGAGGGCACCCCUUCUCUCACCUCUCACCCCUCCCCGCCCCUUCCCUCACUCCUUCCUUCACCCCCAAGGGCAGCACACCUCUGCCCCCACCCUCAGGGGCUCCUUAGAGCACCACGUGGAGCAGCCAGGGCUCUGGUCUUCCUAGAGGAGCCAUGCUCCCCGACUCCUACCAACACCCAGCCACCCCUUACCGGCCCACUACCCCCUCCUCCACCAGGCCCCCCCCCACCCGGUAGUACACACAUCUCGGAGGUUGAAGCAUCUCUGCGGCCAAAUCCCUCUCCCACACGCUACAGGCACCCAAACCACCCGAGUCGCCGCACAGCCCCAACACGCCCACCCAACAGGCUGCCCUCCCCACACCACCCCCCCCAGGCAGCCGAGACCCACCCGCAAGGGCUUGCGCCCCAGGCUCAUGGGAGCGGCGGCACCCGGGUAGAGGGGCCCACAGGAGAGGCCACCACAGAGCCCACACAAAUCUCUCUCCCCCCACCGUUUGUACCUCGCUCUAACCUCCACACUGGCCCAGCCCCUCGACCCCCACCUCCAACCCCCUCUCCCGGCCGGGUUCCCCACGAGUGGCCCCGUUGGGCAGCCAUCACCCCCCACACACAGCUUGCCCGAUCUGUUCCCACGGAGGGGGAUGUUUCGAGGAGAGUGGGGAUGCACACAGAGCACCCCCUGCCUGGCGAACCACCCAUCCUCCCUCCACCCACCCCUUUGGCCCCACAGCCCCCCCUUCCUUCACAAACAGGCGCGGACAACCAGGUUGGCCGCCGGCGGAAGAACAGGGGCAGAGGAGGCAGAGGGUCAGCCCACGUACUCCCCCCUCCCUCCCUCCCCCACCAAGAGCCCCUCCCCACCUCACAUCCCGUUGAACAAUUACCAGGCCCUACCUCUACAGCCCGACCACCAAACCUACACUCCCGCCCCGCUCCUGCACCUCCACAGGGCCAUGGGAGCGGACCAGCCCACUCACCCCCAUUCUGCCCCUCCCGUGCUGUGUCCCCCUCCCAGGUGGCGGCGGCCGCGAUCGCUACUGGGAGGGGGGCCGUCGGGUUGAGGGAUGCGCCCAUGGCAGACGCCACCGACUCCCCCUCCCAUCCCUCCCACCCCUUCCAUGUCGACGACCCCCUACCGCAACCCAUGGUGAUUGGGGAGGGCCAAGGGGGCCUUCUAGGGCAGGGUCCACACCCGAGCUCCGCUCAGCCAGCACGCCCCACUCCACCCUCUACCCUGCCAGCCCUCCUACUCUCACCUACAGGCAGGCAGGUCUUCGAGACCCCAGAGGAGGUGAGGGCUGGCAUUUCAGAUUUGCUGGCGAUACACCGCCUGAGCAGCUCUCCGGCUGCCCCCACCCUUCCAGUCCCACAGGACCGGACCCGGACGUAUGCGGAGGUCACCCGGUCUGUCCCUUCUUUUAUCCCCCCCGCCACUCAGCCAGGCGCGUCACUCCCGACCCCAAUGGAGACGGACCGGGGUCUGAGGCCGUGUCACUCGCACCUAGACGGGGUGGCGCCUCCCCCCGUUCAGCCCGUGGCGCAGGAGGUCACCAGCAGUAGGGAUGAGGCAUCCGCCCCUACCGAGACCCCUCCGCCUGGGGUAGCAGAGCCGUCACUUGAACCGCACCCCGCCGAGGGGCAGGAGCACACCACGGCACACACUUCAGGCUCACCUCCACGUCCCCCCUCCCCAGCUUCAACACCGGUACCGGCACGAGGCCCGGCCCUAUCCUGUGCGACACCACCUCUAUCUUCGCUGACACCCCCCCCGCGCGGGGCUGGUGAGUCGUCUCCUCCCCUCAUCCCAGGCGAUCCUGUCGGAGCUCAGGCCGCCCACGGGGUCCCCUCUACAGCCAGUUCCGACGCCACGGCCCCGAUUGACCCCGCCGACACGGCGACAUCACCCGACCAGGUCGUGAGUUGCCCCACCUGCAGGAGCUCUCUCGCGAACCGACGCGCGCUCCAGCACCACAUUCCCUUCUGCCAUCCUGCGGACGCGGCUCGCAGGGCGCAGGCUGCCCAUGAUACCGCCUCGAUCAUCCCUUCCCUCUCACAGCCCCGUGCGACCGGGAUGCAGUUCACCGACGCACAGUGGCAGACGCUCGACUCGGUGGACUGGACAGAGUACUUCUCGCCCGAGCGUAUCCAUACACGCCCUCUCCGACGUGUCCCGGAGAGGGUCCGCGGAGGAUAUCUUGACGUCCUCAGUGCGAUCCUAGUCCGCAUUGCCCAGGACCCGGAGGCUGCUGGCCCUACCUUCCUCCUCGCUGCAGCGCCGACUCUUUUCCUUGUUCCAGCGACGCCACCCGACCGCUCGCACACGGCUGCCAUUGCAACGCGCAUCUCUCGCUUUGGUCGAGGUGAGUGGGCUGAGCUAGUCUCAGAUGCACUAGGCCGUCGCACACCCCUUCCUCGCCGCACAGGUCACCGGUCACGCACCGCCACCGAUCCCUCUGCAGCAGAUGAGCGCCGCAUUGCACGUUGCCUUCGUCUGGCAGCGUGCAAUGAGACCUCACGGGCGUGCGCGGCUCUCGAGUCCGCGGAGGCAGCCCCAGAUACACAGGGGACGAUACAGCGCCUGCAGUCGAAGCACCCCAACGCGGAGAGGCCGACCCCAGCUUGGCUGUCUGGCUUCCAGGGGUCCCCUCUCGUGCUCUCGGUGGAUCACUUACGCCGCGCGAUUUUCACAGCUCCGCGGGGCUCUUCGGGAGGACCGUCCGGUUGGGUCGCUGAGCACCUGCGAGACACUUUCCUAGCUUUCCCUCAGAGUCUCCAUUUCCUCCUGGCCGUGUACCAGCAGUGGCUCCGAGGCCGUUGCGCUCCAGCUGCGCGCUCCUUGCUAGCGUCCUCCACCCUCGUGGCUCUGGCGAAGUCGAACAUGGAUGUUCGGCCGAUUGCCAUCGGCGAGGUUUUGGUCCGCAUUCUUUCUCGGGCAGUUUGUCUCCAGCUACGUGACCAGAUGGCGAGGGUCUUCUUGGCAUCACAGCAGUUUGGGGUGGGGGUUACGUGCGGGACAGAGGUCGUAGUUAGAGGCGUCCGCCGCGCUCUGGCUGACCACCCAGACUGGGUGGUCCUGCAGCUAGACGUGGCGAAUGCCUUUAACUCUUUCCACCGAGACAGGAUGUUUCAGGCGCUGCAGGCCAGUCCGGAGUUUCAGUGUCUGAUCCCCUUCAUCGGCCUCUUCUACGGGACGCCCUCGGAUCUCCACUACAGGUCAGGCACGGGAGUGGUCACGAUGCACUCGGAGCGGGGCACUCGCCAGGGAGACCCUCUCAGCCCCUUCUUGUACGCUCUGACACAGCGUCUUGCUUUGGAGCCGGUUCUGGCGGAGGGGGAUGUCCAGCUCUGGUCGUACGCCGAUGACACGUACGUGCUAGGUCCCCCAGACAGGGUGCUGCACCAUUUUGCCGAGAUCGUGAGGCGCUUGGGCGAGAUGGGCCUUGCAGCCCAGCCGCACAAGUGCCUCGUCUACCAGACAGAGUCCUUUCUGUCCAGGGAUCUGGAGGCUUUCACGGGCCUAGGGAUCGAGGUCGCACGCCGAGGGCUCACCGUGACAGGCGUACCGGUAGGCACCGUUUCGUUCGUGGAGCAGAGUCUCCCGGAUCGUCUCGAGAGGAUGGGGCGGGUGCUACCUUGGCUUCCGAGGUUGCGCCAGCCCCAGACAGCUGCCCGCCUUCUUUCGGCGUGUGUCAGCACUCGUCCGCAGUACCUGUCGAGGACCGUCCCUCCUUCGCCCGCAGUGAUCUCCAGUUUUACACGGUGGGACGCACGCCUGGGAGAGACUUUUCAGCAGCUUUUAGCUUCAGGGACCUGGGCUUGUCGCGAGGACGUCCGAGAGGCCGCCCUAGACCAGAUCUUCCUCCCCAUCCGUCUCGGGGGUUUCGGCAUUCGUCGCAUGGCGCGCAUUGCCCCGGUGAGUUUCGUGUGCUCCUGGGUGCAGUGUGCACCCAUUCUCUGUUCUCUCCCUGCGUGUGGCGAGGUGUUUCGGCAGAGCUUCGCUUCAGGUGAGCCAGAGCAGAUCGACCGGGCUCUGCAGACGGCGCUAGAGGGUCUCCCUCCUGACGUUCUCUCUCUCCUUCCCCCCUGGCCCUCUUGCGCUUCUGCCUCCCCCGAUUCCCUUUUUGCAGGAGCGAGCCGUCUUCUGGAGGCGCAUGCCUUGGAGGCCGUGCGUGCCCGUCACACCUCUCCCUUGCACCUUGCCCGUUUGACUUCCCUUCAGGGCGGAGGUGCAGGAGCGUGGUUGACGUCGGUGCCGUACGCCGACCCACUGCGCAUCCCGGAGGCGCUGUGGCAGGCGGCUUCAUCUUCUCGUCUUGGUCUCCCUAUCCCCCAGUUAGCCCUUGCAGGUCAGUGCUCCUGCGGACAGGCGAUUGACGACAUGACGGUGCCUCAUCACGCGGUUCGGUGCCCGCGUUACGGGGUCGCCACUACCAUCCACGACACGGUGAAGUACAUGCUUCGAGACUUUGCGGUCGAGGCGGGCUUCGCGGUAAAGGUGGAGGACUCUACGCUGUUCACACAGUUGGAGGCGGCUCGAGCGAGACUACUGGGACAGCCAGUGGUGGGAGAGGGGACACGGGCUGAGGGACCGGGGGAGCGGAGAGGCGAGGCGGGACAGCCGGGUGGCGGGGGACAGUGGGGACGGCACCAGCUGCGGGGUCAGGUGGAGCGAGGGACAGGUGGGCAGAGGGGACGGCAGGGGGAGCAGACGGGCCAGGACGGGGAGGGGGGACGGCACAGGCAGCAGCAGGAGAGCCAGUGGAGGCCGCGGGCCCAGGGCGCCGCGCCUCCAGGUUCGGCCUCGGGGGCGGGGCAGGGGCGGGAGCAGCAGAGAGCGGACGGAGGUACAGGAGGGGCAGCGGGAUUGGGAGGGGAGGGCCAGGGAGUGAGAGAGGCAGCAGGGGAUGGAGCAGGGGGGUCGGGAGGUUUGGGGGAGGGUAGGGAGGGGGAGGGGAGAGGACAGGUGGAUGGAGGAGAGGAGAGGGGGAGAGAGACGAUCGGAGAGGGGGCACCAAGGGACCAGACAGGGCAGCAGCCAGCGCAACAGCAGGGACCAGUCGGACGCACAGGCCGUGUAGGCACCGCCUCCCGCAUUCCAGACCUCACCUGCCGCGACGUUGGCCAGGGUCUGAUGGUUCUUGUGGAUGUCUCCAUAGCGGAUCCACAGCGGGAGGGGAACGUGCAGCUGAGACGGGCGACCCCCACACAGAUUGGAGUGGCAGCAGCUAGGCGGGUGCAGGAGAAGCUGCGUCACUGGGGGCCGCACUUAGAGGGGCUGCAGCCGGCACCACACUUUUACGCGUGCGUGGCGGAGACCUUUGGCCUUCUGAGUGAGCCGCUGCGUCAGUUUCUGGGGCUCUGCGCAAAGAGGAUAGCACAGCGGAGGAGGGAUAGAGGUGGGGGGGAUGACGGAUCGGCACGGAUAUUUGAGGCAGGACUCACUACACGCCUCUCCGUUGCACUGCAGCGCGCGCAGGCUCAAUGCAUGAUCCAGCAUGCGGUGCGGCAGUUAGGGAGUCACACCCCCUGCCCCCUCAUGCCAUCCGCUCCCCCCGCCCCUACCCUCCGCGUGCCCGCUCCCUUGCCGCCUCUUUUGACCCUCCCUGCCCCCCUCGCCGUUUCCCACCGCCCGCCAUUCGCUCCUCCCCGCCCGUGCGCUCCCCUCGUUUACCUUCUCCUCCCCCCUCCCCUCCUCUGCUGCACGCCUCUUCCUUCCCCUCGCCGACCCACUCCACUCCCUGCCCCUCCUCAAUCCGCACCCUGCCCCUCGUAUCUCGCCCCCCUAUGCUUGGUUUCUCCCCUCCCUGCCCCUCGCCGCCUUUCUCCGCCCCCCACCUCCCCCCUCUCCCUGCCCCCCCACUCUCCCACCCUUGCCCUUGGCUUCCUACCUCCCUGCCCCACCUUUCCCCCCUCUGUGUGCUCAGCUUCUCCCCUCCCUGCCCCUCCCUCCUCCCCGCCCUGCCCCUCGUUUUCCGCCCCCCCACGCCCGGUUUCUCCCCUCCCCGCGCCUCCCUUUCUUUCUCCGUGCCUCUCCUCUGCUCCCUCCCUGCCCCCGCCUGCCCAUGCCCCUGUCUUUGGCUUCUCCCCUCCCUGCCCCACGUUUCUUCCCUCCCUGCCCACCCCCUCUGCCCCUCCCUUGUUUUCCCCUCACCCAUUGCUUCUCCCCUCCCUGCCCUUGAUUUCCCGCACCCCUGCCCUUGUUUCCUACCAUCCAUGCCCCUCGUUUCCCCCCCUUUGUACGUUCAGCCUCUUCCCUCCCUGCCCCUCCCUUCCUCCCCCCCUGCCCUUUGCUCUCCCCUCGUUACGCUCCCUUCUCCCCAUCCCUGCUGCCCUCUUACCACCAUCAGCCCAUCCCCACCACCAGCCCCCCUCCCACCCUUCUCUCCCCCCCUCCCUUUCCCUCUCUCUCUUUCUCACACACACACACGCACACUCCCCUCCCCCACCCCCCACCCACAUCCUCCCAUUCUGCCCCUCCCUGCCCCUUUCCCACCCCCUCGCACGCCCCUCACCUCCCACCUCCGUGCAACUGGUUUCCCCCCCCUAUGGUGCCUCCCUUGCAUCGCUCGCCCCUCUGCUCACCCUCUGCCCGCCCCUUUUCCGUGCCCUCAGCUGGCCCAGCCCCUGCCCGUUGCUGCCCCUCCCCUUGCCCCCUCAACUCCCCUGCCCCCCGUACACCCCAGUCCCAUCCAACCGCCCCCACCCUCCCCCGGCUGCCCGUUUCCGCUCUCCACCCCCGCGACCAUGUGCGGCUUCCAACCGCCCAACGGUGGUGCGCACGGGGCGUUUCUUCGCACGGGCAAGCCUCCCCGGGGGCCCCCCACCCCGCUGGGUCGUUGGGCAUAAAUGGGUACAACACGAGGACUUCCCGGGAGGUCACCCAGCCCAGUACUGCUCUACGCUGUUCACACAGUUGGAGGCGGCUCGAGCGAGACUACUGGGACAGCCAGUGGUGGGAGAGGGGACACGGGCUGAGGGACCGGGGGAGCGGAGAGGCGUGGCGGGACAGCCGGGUGGCGGGGGACAGUGGGGACGGCACCAGCUGCGGGGUCAGGUGGAGCGAGGGACAGGUGGGCAGAGGGGACGGCAGGGGGAGCAGACAGGCCAGGACAGGGAGGGGGGACGGCACAGGCAGCAGCAGGAGAGCCAGUGGAGGCCGCGGGCCCAGGGCGCCGCGCCUCCAGGUUCGGCCUUGGGGGCGGGGCAGGGGCGGGAGCAGCAGAGAGCGGACGGAGGUACAGGAGGGGCAGCGGGAUUGGGAGGGGAGGGCCAGGGAGUGAGAGAGGCAGCAGGGGAUGGAGCAGGGGGGUCGGGAGGUUUGGGGGAGGGUAGAGAGGGGGAGGGGAGAGGACAGGUGGAUGGAGGAGAGGAGAGGGGCAGAGAGACGAUCGGAGAGGGGGCACCAAGGGACCAGACAGGGCAGCAGCCAGCGCAACAGCAGGGACCAGUCGGACGCACAGGCCGUGUAGGCACCGCCUCCCGCAUUCCAGACCCCACCUGCCGCGACGUUGGCCAGGGUCUGAUGGUUCUUGUGGAUGUCUCCAUAGCGGAUCCACAGCGGGAGGGGAACGUGCAGCUGAGACGGGCGACCCCCACACAGAUUGGAGUGGCAGCAGCUAGGCGGGUGCAGGAGAAGCUGCGUCACUGGGGGCCGCACUUAGAGGGGCUGCAGCCGGCACCACACUUUUACGCGUGCGUGGCGGAGACCUUUGGCCUUCUGAGUGAGCCGCUGCGUCAGUUUCUGGGGCUCUGCGCAAAGAGGAUAGCACAGCGGAGGAGGGAUAGAGGUGGGGGGGAUGACGGAUCGGCACGGAUAUUUGAGGCAGGACUCACUACACGCCUCUCCGUUGCACUGCAGCGCGCGCAGGCUCAAUGCAUGAUCCAGCAUGCGUCACACCCCCUGCCCCCUCAUGCCAUCCGCUCCCCCCGCCCCUACCCUCCGCGUGCCCGCUCCCUUGCCGCCUCUUUUGACCCUCCCUGCCCCCCUCGCCGUUUCCCACCGCCCGCCAUUCGCUCCUCCCCGCCCGUGCGCUCCCCUCGUUUACCUUCUCCUCCCCCCUCCCCUCCUCUGCUGCACGCCUCUUCCUUCCCCUCGCCGACCCACUCCACUCCCUGCCCCUCCUCAAUCCGCACCCUGCCCCUCGUAUCUCGCCCCCCUAUGCUUGGUUUCUCCCCUCCCUGCCCCUCGCCGCCUUUCUCCGCCCCCCACCUCCCCCCUCUCCCUGCCCCCCCACUCUCCCACCCUUGCCCUUGGCUUCCUACCUCCCUGCCCCACCUUUCCCCCCUCUGUGUGCUCAGCUUCUCCCCUCCCUGCCCCUCCCUCCUCCCCGCCCUGCCCCUCGUUUUCCGCCCCCCCACGCCCGGUUUCUCCCCUCCCCGCGCCUCCCUUUCUUUCUCCGUGCCUCUCCUCUGCUCCCUCCCUGCCCCCGCCUGCCCAUGCCCCUGUCUUUGGCUUCUCCCCUCCCUGCCCCACGUUUCUUCCCUCCCUGCCCACCCCCUCUGCCCCUCCCUUGUUUUCCCCUCACCCAUUGCUUCUCCCCUCCCUGCCCUUGAUUUCCCGCACCCCUGCCCUUGUUUCCUACCAUCCAUGCCCCUCGUUUCCCCCCCUUUGUACGUUCAGCCUCUUCCCUCCCUGCCCCUCCCUUCCUCCCCCCCUGCCCUUUGCUCUCCCCUCGUUACGCUCCCUUCUCCCCAUCCCUGCUGCCCUCUUACCACCAUCAGCCCAUCCCCACCACCAGCCCCCCUCCCACCCUUCUCUCCCCCCCUCCCUUUCCCUCUCUCUCUUUCUCACACACACACACGCACACUCCCCUCCCCCACCCCCCACCCACAUCCUCCCAUUCUGCCCCUCCCUGCCCCUUUCCCACCCCCUCGCACGCCCCUCACCUCCCACCUCCGUGCAACUGGUUUCCCCCCCCUAUGGUGCCUCCCUUGCAUCGCUCGCCCCUCUGCUCACCCUCUGCCCGCCCCUUUUCCGUGCCCUCAGCUGGCCCAGCCCCUGCCCGUUGCUGCCCCUCCCCUUGCCCCCUCAACUCCCCUGCCCCCCGUACACCCCAGUCCCAUCCAACCGCCCCCACCCUCCCCCGGCUGCCCGUUUCCGCUCUCCACCCCCGCGACCGUGUGCGGCUUCCAACCGCCCAACGGUGGUGCGCACGGGGCGUUUCUUCGCACGGGCAAGCCUCCCCGGGGGCCCCCCACCCCGCUGGGUCGUUGUUCGGGCAAAAAAACGAAAAUGAAAAAAUCGGACGCGCUGAAAUCGUCCUUUCUUUUUCCCGCUUGCCCCUCCCCCGGCACGUGCCGAGCAAGGGGCAUAAAUGGGUACAACACGAGGACUUCCCGGGAGGUCACCCAGCCAGUGGUGGGAGAGGGGACACGGGCUGAGGGACCGGGGGAGCGGAGAGGCGAGGCGGGACAGCCGGGUGGCGGGGGACAGUGGGGACGGCACCAGCUGCGGGGUCAGGUGGAGCGAGGGACAGGUGGGCAGAGGGGACGGCAGGGGGAGCAGACGGGCCAGGACGGGGAGGGGGGACGGCACAGGCAGCAGCAGGAGAGCCAGUGGAGGCCGCGGGCCCAGGGCGCCGCGCCUCCAGGUUCGGCCUCGGGGGCGGGGCAGGGGCGGGAGCAGCAGAGAGCGGACGGAGGUACAGGAGGGGCAGCGGGAUUGGGAGGGGAGGGCCAGGGAGUGAGAGAGGCAGCAGGGGAUGGAGCAGGGGGGUCGGGAGGUUUGGGGGAGGGUAGGGAGGGGGAGGGGAGAGGACAGGUGGAUGGAGGAGAGGAGAGGGGGAGAGAGACGAUCGGAGAGGGGGCACCAAGGGACCAGACAGGGCAGCAGCCAGCGCAACAGCAGGGACCAGUCGGACGCACAGGCCGUGUAGGCACCGCCUCCCGCAUUCCAGACCUCACCUGCCGCGACGUUGGCCAGGGUCUGAUGGUUCUUGUGGAUGUCUCCAUAGCGGAUCCACAGCGGGAGGGGAACGUGCAGCUGAGACGGGCGACCCCCACACAGAUUGGAGUGGCAGCAGCUAGGCGGGUGCAGGAGAAGCUGCGUCACUGGGGGCCGCACUUAGAGGGGCUGCAGCCGGCACCACACUUUUACGCGUGCGUGGCGGAGACCUUUGGCCUUCUGAGUGAGCCGCUGCGUCAGUUUCUGGGGCUCUGCGCAAAGAGGAUAGCACAGCGGAGGAGGGAUAGAGGUGGGGGGGAUGACGGAUCGGCACGGAUAUUUGAGGCAGGACUCACUACACGCCUCUCCGUUGCACUGCAGCGCGCGCAGGCUCAAUGCAUGAUCCAGCAUGCGGUGCGGCAGUUAGGGAGUCACACCCCCUGCCCCCUCAUGCCAUCCGCUCCCCCCGCCCCUACCCUCCGCGUGCCCGCUCCCUUGCCGCCUCUUUUGACCCUCCCUGCCCCCCUCGCCGUUUCCCACCGCCCGCCAUUCGCUCCUCCCCGCCCGUGCGCUCCCCUCGUUUACCUUCUCCUCCCCCCUCCCCUCCUCUGCUGCACGCCUCUUCCUUCCCCUCGCCGACCCACUCCACUCCCUGCCCCUCCUCAAUCCGCACCCUGCCCCUCGUAUCUCGCCCCCCUAUGCUUGGUUUCUCCCCUCCCUGCCCCUCGCCGCCUUUCUCCGCCCCCCACCUCCCCCCUCUCCCUGCCCCCCCACUCUCCCACCCUUGCCCUUGGCUUCCUACCUCCCUGCCCCACCUUUCCCCCCUCUGUGUGCUCAGCUUCUCCCCUCCCUGCCCCUCCCUCCUCCCCGCCCUGCCCCUCGUUUUCCGCCCCCCCACGCCCGGUUUCUCCCCUCCCCGCGCCUCCCUUUCUUUCUCCGUGCCUCUCCUCUGCUCCCUCCCUGCCCCCGCCUGCCCAUGCCCCUGUCUUUGGCUUCUCCCCUCCCUGCCCCACGUUUCUUCCCUCCCUGCCCACCCCCUCUGCCCCUCCCUUGUUUUCCCCUCACCCAUUGCUUCUCCCCUCCCUGCCCUUGAUUUCCCGCACCCCUGCCCUUGUUUCCUACCAUCCAUGCCCCUCGUUUCCCCCCCUUUGUACGUUCAGCCUCUUCCCUCCCUGCCCCUCCCUUCCUCCCCCCCUGCCCUUUGCUCUCCCCUCGUUACGCUCCCUUCUCCCCAUCCCUGCUGCCCUCUUACCACCAUCAGCCCAUCCCCACCACCAGCCCCCCUCCCACCCUUCUCUCCCCCCCUCCCUUUCCCUCUCUCUCUUUCUCACACACACACACGCACACUCCCCUCCCCCACCCCCCACCCACAUCCUCCCAUUCUGCCCCUCCCUGCCCCUUUCCCACCCCCUCGCACGCCCCUCACCUCCCACCUCCGUGCAACUGGUUUCCCCCCCCUAUGGUGCCUCCCUUGCAUCGCUCGCCCCUCUGCUCACCCUCUGCCCGCCCCUUUUCCGUGCCCUCAGCUGGCCCAGCCCCUGCCCGUUGCUGCCCCUCCCCUUGCCCCCUCAACUCCCCUGCCCCCCGUACACCCCAGUCCCAUCCAACCGCCCCCACCCUCCCCCGGCUGCCCGUUUCCGCUCUCCACCCCCGCGACCGUGUGCGGCUUCCAACCGCCCAACGGUGGUGCGCACGGGGCGUUUCUUCGCACGGGCAAGCCUCCCCGGGGGCCCCCCACCCCGCUGGGUCGUUGGGCAUAAAUGGGUACAACACGAGGACUUCCCGGGAGGUCACCCAGCCCAGUACUGCUCUACGCUGUUCACACAGUUGGAGGCGGCUCGAGCGAGACUACUGGGACAGCCAGUGGUGGGAGAGGGGACACGGGCUGAGGGACCGGGGGAGCGGAGAGGCGUGGCGGGACAGCCGGGUGGCGGGGGACAGUGGGGACGGCACCAGCUGCGGGGUCAGGUGGAGCGAGGGACAGGUGGGCAGAGGGGACGGCAGGGGGAGCAGACAGGCCAGGACAGGGAGGGGGGACGGCACAGGCAGCAGCAGGAGAGCCAGUGGAGGCCGCGGGCCCAGGGCGCCGCGCCUCCAGGUUCGGCCUUGGGGGCGGGGCAGGGGCGGGAGCAGCAGAGAGCGGACGGAGGUACAGGAGGGGCAGCGGGAUUGGGAGGGGAGGGCCAGGGAGUGAGAGAGGCAGCAGGGGAUGGAGCAGGGGGGUCGGGAGGUUUGGGGGAGGGUAGAGAGGGGGAGGGGAGAGGACAGGUGGAUGGAGGAGAGGAGAGGGGCAGAGAGACGAUCGGAGAGGGGGCACCAAGGGACCAGACAGGGCAGCAGCCAGCGCAACAGCAGGGACCAGUCGGACGCACAGGCCGUGUAGGCACCGCCUCCCGCAUUCCAGACCCCACCUGCCGCGACGUUGGCCAGGGUCUGAUGGUUCUUGUGGAUGUCUCCAUAGCGGAUCCACAGCGGGAGGGGAACGUGCAGCUGAGACGGGCGACCCCCACACAGAUUGGAGUGGCAGCAGCUAGGCGGGUGCAGGAGAAGCUGCGUCACUGGGGGCCGCACUUAGAGGGGCUGCAGCCGGCACCACACUUUUACGCGUGCGUGGCGGAGACCUUUGGCCUUCUGAGUGAGCCGCUGCGUCAGUUUCUGGGGCUCUGCGCAAAGAGGAUAGCACAGCGGAGGAGGGAUAGAGGUGGGGGGGAUGACGGAUCGGCACGGAUAUUUGAGGCAGGACUCACUACACGCCUCUCCGUUGCACUGCAGCGCGCGCAGGCUCAAUGCAUGAUCCAGCAUGCGGUGCGGCAGUUAGGGAG